UUGACAAUAUUACGCCGGCUUACAGAUGCGGUGAAGCCAAACAUACCUGAAAAUCCAGGCUGUGUGUGGCAUCAAUAGUUAAAAAUAGCUAAAAUGAAAAGUAUUCCUACCCAACUGUUAUGAAUAAAAGUCUCAUUUUAUUACCAUACAGAAUUAAUCUCCAACAUGACAGAUCAAGUGACAUGUUGACAUGUGUUUUAUUUGGAGAUAGCUUUAAGAAAUGGGUGCGGGUGAGUGGGACAAAAUGCUACCAGAACCAGAACUUCUUGGGAGAUACUUCCAUGAACAGUUCAAAGUUUUACCUGAUCACCAAAGGAGAAAAGCGGAAUGGAAGAAAGGGAAAACUGCAAAACUGUCGAAAGGAAAAGAGAAAAGGAAAGUCAAAGUAGAACCUUGUGGAGAAAUUACAAAUCUGUCAAAUCCACCAGACGUUGAAUUAUCAACCAACGCAUCAAGUUUCGCCGUAUUCGCCAAUGUUCGGCAAGCGGUGCUGGAGCGAUGGGUUAAACAAGCCUGUCAGAUUUACUUAUCUUCUUCGUCCAGUGUUCCCGCAACCGAUGGGAACAAUGAUGUUGAAAGUGACAGUGAAGAUAACACAGACAAAGUCAGGGAUAACAUCUUGAAAGUUCCAAAGAUAGUUGGUGUUGGCCUAAGAAGUGUGUUUGAAUUAAUUCGAGAGAGUCGGUCGUCACAUCCUGUGCUGUGCACCAAAGCACUUGGUGCUCUACUAGAUGUUGUUCAGGGCCAGCAACCUGAGGGUCUAAAGAAUGAACCAGCUGAAGUGAUUGAACCACUGUUUGAUCUGUUACUGGAUCUGGCUACUUCGCAUGGGCCAGAAACAGCAGCUGUUGAUGAUGGGAGUCACUUGACAGCAGUGGCCUGUUCAUGCCUUCUAGCCCUUGUUGUUGUUCGUGGUGACACAGGACGUCUUCUCAAUGCAACUGCUGCUCUUCUAAUGUCACCACGUGCAUUAGCACUGCAGAAUAUUCAUAUGCCAGCAGUGUUAACAGCACUUCAGAGGAGUGUCCACGGGGUUUUGCUUGGUAAACUUGUUCGACCAGAUUGGAUUUCCCACGGUGUUCCUAAAACAUCAAGAAUUGAUUCAUUUCAUGUCAAGAUUGGCACAGAUAUUCACAGCAGUCAGACCACAAAAUCACUGGCAAGUGAUGGACAAUAUUUAUACUUAUAUACGUCAAAAGGUCUUUUCAAGAUAGGCUCUGGUUAUGGUGGAACUGUAAAGGCUAACAUAUACAUCCACAAAUCAGAUUUCUUUAUUGAUGAAAAAGGAUGGCUAGGAUUUGCUUAUGGAAUGCUGUACUUCAAAUUUGUUGGGAAAAAAGGCUGUGAGUUACUGCUUAUGGACAGAGAAUCAUUGAAAGUCAUGGAUAUUGUUUCCCUGGAAGGGAAAGAUUGUGGUUCUUGCGUAAUGUUUUCUGAUGGAGAAAAUCUUGGAAUGAUUACAGCAGCAAAAGAUGAUGGUUUUGUUGUUCGUACAAUAAAUCCUACCAGUUCACCCGUUGUGUCAGUCAAUGAACUUCCCCUUAAGUUAGCAAGAAAAUGUGUUGAUGUUUUUGGAUAUGCUACAUUUGAUGAAGAAACCAUGAUACACACUGUACAGAUUGGCUAUGAUGAAGAAAUAGCUGUGAUUGCUGCAGGGAAGGAUUUUGGUUUAAUAAGAACUAACUCAGGAAAGGUCUUUUAUUGUGGCAAAUCAGCAAGUCUAGGAAUCAAACAAGGAGGCCUCAGAAAUGGCAAAUGGGCUGAACUACCAAUCACUAAGUCUCCUAAAAUAACCCACUUUGCUGUUGGUCAUGAAGGUCUUCAUGCAGUGCUGAUCUCUGAAGAUGGAUCUGUGUUUUUUGUUGGAACAGCAAGAAGAGGAGAAGAUGGCGAUCAGAGUAAAGCCCGUAGGCAGCCAAAACCUGUAAAGCCAAAGAAAAUGGUUAAAGUUGAGGGCCAAGUUAUUGUACAUGCUGCAUGUAAUAAUGGCACCACAGCUCUUGUUACAAGGGAAGGGGAACUGCUUAUGUUCGGCAAAGAUACAGCUCACUGUGAUCCUGCUACAGGACUUGUGACAGAACUGAAGGAUGUGCACGUAACUCAAGUGGCCUUAGGUAAAGCACAUGCUGUUGUAUUAACAAACAAAGGCCAUAUUUACACAUUUGGAAUAAAUAACAAAGGGCAGUGUGGUCGCGAUUUUGCUGCCCAAGUUAAGGAAGUUCCAAUGGUGACAGCUAUGGAGACAGCAGCAGAAGAGGAAGUGGAUGAAGAUGAUCUGGAUUGGGAAGAUGCACAAGAGUUAAUGUGCCCUCCAGGUACACACAAAUGGAAACAUGAUCAGUGCAUGGUAUGCACAGUGUGCCGUGAAUGUACUGGGUACAGCAUCAGCUGUUUGAGCAGCAUACGGCCUGACCGUAAUCCUGGACAAGAAUGUGGUUGUGGUGAGGGAGACUCAGGUUGUGCUGAAUGUGGCUGUUGCCGCAUAUGUGCGCGAGAGAAUGUGGACAAUUCAGAACUAGCCAUCCUAGGUCCAAGUGGAGCAGGCGAUCUAGCUGCAGGUCGACAAGGAGUGCAACUGCAGCAGCGUUUAGAAGAACGUCGUCGACGGCAAAGGAGUAAACAAUCUGGCAAACAGCAUGGAUUGGUCUCUAGUUCAGCAAGCAGUUCUCGCACGAAAGGUUUAGGCUCAAGAGUAUCCCCCGGCCCAUCUGUCUCUGUUUCUCCAGCUGGGCUUAGAACUACCCAUGCAUCAAUUGCAGGUGAAGAACAAGCUGGAGGAAGUGAUGCAGAACGAGAAGCAACUCGCACAGCGCAACUGUUUCCAGCUCGUGUUGUUCUACCUUCCAGUCACGGAACAUCAACUGUCGCACAGAAAUCAAGAAUUGGCACUUCUAAAAAUCAGAUUGACUGUAUAAUAAUUGAAGUACAAGAACACCAUAAAUGCAGACAAAAUAUAAAAUUAAAUGCAAUGAAAUUAAUGUCUCCAAACAUAUCCAAACAAUAUGUUAAAGAAGAUCAGAUGCACAGUAUUAAAGUAAAAUGCAAAAUGAAGAUCAUGAUAAUAAAAAUGUCUGGACAGUUGUGA